AUGCUGGAGCUGAUCAACGAGAAGCGCAGCGAGUUCAUGAUGGCCGAGUCGCUGUACCUGGACGACGGCGACGGCUUCGCCGAGGACGCUCUCUUGCCCUACCCCAGCCUGGCGCCCGCGCCGGCGCCGCCCGCGCUCUCCAAGUUCGAGGUCUACCACGACCCCGUGGCUCAAGAAGACCAAAAAACAUUUACAGACCUUGUGCGGCAACUAGUGGGACGCUGUGGUUCAGAUAUUGAAAAGGCUAGAACCAUUUUCCGAUGGAUCACAGUGAAAAAUUUAAACACCAUGCAGUUUGAUGAAAACCUUCGGGGAGACACUCCGAUGGGUCUGUUACGAGGCAUCAAGCAUGGGACAGAAAGUUAUCAUGUUCUAUUUAAGCGAUUAUGCAGUUAUGCUGGCCUGCAUUGUGUUGUAAUCAAAGGAUAUUCCAAGUCUGCUGGCUAUCAGCCUGGUGUUCGAUUUGAAGAUAAUCGCUUCAGAAACUCUUGGAAUGCAGUGUAUGUUGCUGGAGCAUGGCGGUUUGUUCAAUGCAACUGGGGAGCAAGACACCUUGUGAACGCCAAGGAAGUACCAAAAGCUGGAGGAAAAGGAAAAUCAGAUAGCUUGAGGUAUGAAUAUGACGACCAUUAUUUUCUUACUGAUCCAAGAGAGUUCAUCUACGAGUUCUUUCCUCUUCAACCUGAAUGGCAACUUCUCAAGAGCCCAAUCACAUUGCAGGAUUUUGAAGAAUUACCAUUUGUACGCUCCCUUUUCUUCAGAUAUGGUCUGUACUUCCCUGAUACCAACACAAAAGCAGUAAUGUACACAGAUUCCACAGGAGCUGCAACAGUGAGGAUAGCAAUGCCAGCCCAUAUGCAAUCCAGCCUUAUAUUUCAUUAUAAUUUAAAAUUCUAUGAUAGUGAUGGUGAUGGUUUUGAUGGUGUCAGUCUGAAAAGAUUUGUAAUGCAGUCUGUGGUGGGCAACAUUGUUGCCUUCCGGGUGCAUGCACCAUGUAGUGGUGCUUUCUUAUUGGACAUUUUUGCUAAUGCUGUAACACCCAAAGAAUACCUCACAGGAGAGCCAAUGAAGUUCAAGAGUGUAUGUAAAUUCAAGAUUGCAUGCGAAGAAUUGCAAACAGUUAUGGUUCCUUUGCCUGACUGUGCAAGUGGAGAAUGGGGUCCAACUAAAGCUACACGACUCUUUGGGCUAGUCCCUAUCACUCACCAGGAUGCUCUUGUGUUUGCUGGACGUGAACUGGAGCUACAAUUUCGCAUGUCACGCCCACUGACAGAUUUCAUGGCAACACUUCACAAAAAUGGAGUUGAAGAGAAGAGAUUGUCAAAAUUUGUUUCUCAUGCUAUCACAGAUGACGAUGUAGUGACGUUUCAUAUCAGCUUUCCCGAAGAGGGACAGUACGGCCUCGACAUAUACACUCGUGAACUGGGUGGCAACCAGAUGGACGGCAGUGGUGAAAAACAUCUGUUGACACACUGCUGCAAGUAUCUCAUCAACUCUUCUAAACGAAACUGAUGUUUGCACGAUUGUUACACUGCGCUGUGAAUUAUUGCAACAUUGUACAUAAAAAAACUUGGACAAUUGAUAAUGUACUUUGCAUUUAGUACACUGAGCACCUAUUUCAUUAACAUUUAUAUCAAUACAAGAAGCAUUUUGUGUUCUAUACUUGGAAAAUAUAAUAUAACGAUUGUAUGUUUUCACCUAGCCUAUAAAGAAUACUUCUUAGUUCAUCGUAAACCACAAAAUACUGCACAAAAUACAUCAACGGCCACAGACGUGUAACUACAAUUAUGCAUUAAUUUAUUAGUAUAAGUCCAUUUUAAUUGAUGUGCUUGGGAAAAUAACUCAACAUCUAAUAAUUGCCUUAACUUUGAGCAUACAAUAAGUGAUUUAUUCUUCACUAAUGUAAAAACUCAAAGACAUGCAAUGUUUCACAUCAUUUACAACAAAAUAUGGGUGCUUCAAAGUUGACUACCAGAUUCAAAAUAACUACCAUUCAAAUGAUAUGCUUUGAGCAAAAAGAUUGUAACAAAGAUAAAAUUCAGAGAGAUUUUUCACUUUCUGAUAAAUACAUAUAUAAUUAAAAUAAACUCACAAUAAAAAUCUUGUUAAGUCUGCAAUUAAAAAGUCUUAUUAUUAUUAACAAUUUAGAACUUGUGGAAAAAAUAUGCUCUUCAGACUGGUUGAUCCUAGUCAAGAGAUACUAAGGUACUAAAGGUACUGAAAUAUAAAUAAUUCUGAAAUACAAUCAAGAACAAUUUGAAAGAUAUCACAAAAUUGAUAACCUAUGCAUUGAAUUGCUAUUAACCUAUGCAAUUGAACAUGUAAGAGAAGCAUUAUGUGAAAUUAACAUAAAUCUUAAGCUGUAUAAACAUUUACAGGAAAAAAUAAUAAGAUUUUAAAAUAUAUAUAGUAUUUAUUUUUAUUAAUUUCACAAAAUGAUUUACAAUAUCUUUUGCAUGUGGAAAAGUAUAGAAAUUACAUAAUCAUUACAAAAAAUUAGAUGAAUGUCUUAUUUUGAAAUCCGGUGCUGAUUUUAACAAGUUCAAGAUUGAGAACUAAUGGUCACUUUAUUACUCAAUACCAAAAUAUAUUUUGUAUUACCCAUAAUGGAAAUAAAAUUUUUAUAUAUGUGU